AUGCACGGCGGCCUCAGCCCCGAUUUGAACUCCAUGGAACAAAUCCGUCGUGUAAUGCGUCCUACUGAUAUUCCCGACUGCGGUCUUCUCUGUGAUCUCUUGUGGUCUGAUCCGGAUAAGGAUAUAACUGGCUGGAGCGAAAACGAUCGGGGCGUGUCGUUCACGUUUGGUCCGGACGUUGUUUCACGAUUCCUACAAAAGCACGAUAUGGACCUAAUAUGUCGUGCACAUCAGGUUGUUGAGGAUGGUUAUGAAUUUUUCUCGAAGCGACAGCUAGUCACACUCUUUAGCGCGCCCAACUAUUGUGGAGAAUUCGACAAUGCUGGAGCUAUGAUGAGUGUUGACGAGAGCCUGCUAUGUUCAUUUCAGAUCUUGAAACCAGCCGAAAAGAAACAAAAGUACGUCUACGGUGGCAUGAGCAGUGGCAGACCCAUUACUCCUCCUAGGAAGCAAAAGAAGAAGUGA